AUGGAUGCCCUGUGUAAUGGAGUCAAGAAACCCGAGGGCAGUGAUACCAUAGUAGACCCCAGGCCCCCUCCUGCCAAGCUGGCUCGACUGGAGCAAAACGGAGCGGGACCCUCAGCCCAGGAGAGGAGCAGGCAGGGGAGUCCUGUGGCCAAAAACCACUGCCUGGUCCAGAAGCCCACCGCAGUGAGGCCCCAGGGCAAAAGCUGGCACAGCAGAGGGAGCCUGCUGCCGGUGUUCUGCGUGGUGGAGCACAGGGAAAGCCCAAUGGAGGGAGAGAGAAGAGAAGAACAUGCGGAGUUUGUGUUGGUCAAGAGAGAUCUGCUGUUUAACCAGCUGAUAGAAAUGGCCCUGCUGACACUGGGCUACUCUCACAGCUCGGCCGCACAGGCUAAAGGUCUGAUCCAGGUAGGCAGGUGGAACCCGGUACCGCUGUCCUGCGUAACGGAUGCUCCUGACGCCACAGUGGCUGAUAUGCUGCAGGAUGUUCACCAUGUAAUCACCCUUAAAAUACAGCUGCACAGCUGUCCCAAACUGGAAGACUUGCCAGCCGAGCAGUGGAGUCACUCCACAGUGAGAAACGCUCUGAAGGAGCUCCUCAAGGACAUGAACCAGAGCUCCCUGGCCAAGGAGUGUCCACUGUCCCAGAGUAUGAUAUCAUCUAUUGUAAAUAGCACUUACUAUGCAAAUGUCUCAGCUGCCAAGUGUCACGAGUUUGGUCGAUGGUACAAGCACUUCAAGAAGACCAAAUGCUUCAAGGAGAUUGACAGCUUUUCUGAGCAGUCAGCACAUAUUACCCUCAGCCAGCAGCCAAUCACAGGUAGCCCUGCUGAGCAGAGCUCGACGCUUCUUUUCCCUCGUGGAGGAGUAGCCAACAUGUGUGGUCGCUCGCCUCUCGGUCUGUGCCCUCCCGGGCUGGUAACCCAACCACUCAGCUCCCAAAUGGUUAACCAGCAGCUGGUGAUGGCCCAGUUUCUCAACCAGCAGUAUGCUGUUAGCCGUAUGCUAGCUGGCCAGGGUCUCUCACCGUCCCCACAGCAGUAUCUCAACCAUCCCCCUGUAGGGAGGGCUCCUGCCAAGGUCUUCUCCAAAGCCGCUGAUUCCCAAGCCCCACAGCAGGCACAGUGUGGCCCAGGGGGAAGCCCUGCAGCUGGGCCGCAAAACCAGACAUCGGCUGGGUCUUCUGUGGGGCCGUGUGACGUGCCAAGUGACAUCUACCAGUGUGUGAGGGAGGAACUGAAGAGAGCAGGCAUCUCACAAGCCAUUUUUGCCCGGGUUGCCUUUAACAGGACCCAGGGCCUGCUGUCAGAGAUCCUGCGUAAGGAGGAGGACCCCAAACACGCCUCCCAGUCUCUACUGGUCAACCUGCGUGCCAUGUACAGCUUCCUGCAGCUCCCCGAGACGGAGAGGGAGCGCGUCUACCAGGAGGAGAAAGAGAGAAGCCUGACUGGAUUCACAUCCAGCUGCAACAACACACCACCAAGAUCCACACAGGCGAGACUGUCUCCAGUUACAGCAGACAGAGGGCUGAGGACAGAAAGUUGUGUUCUCAAUGUCAGUUCUUCUAUCUAUGAGGAGAUCCAGCACGAGAUGAAGAGAGCCAAGGUCUCUCAGGCCUUGUUUGCAAAGGUGGCCGCCUCCAAGAGUCAGGGCUGGCUGUGUGAGCUGCUACGCUGGAAGGAGGAUCCCAGUCCAGAAAACCGGACCCUUUGGGAGAACCUGUGCAUGAUCCGCCGAUUCCUCAGCCUGUCCCAGACUGAACGGGAUGCCAUCUACGAACAGGAGAGCAGCAACCCAGCGGCACAGCAGCACUGCUCUGACAGGCUCACACUGCUCAGCAACGACAAUACACAGUACCAACGCAACUCCCCUCUGCCACAGCAACACCAUCUUCAACCCCAUCAACCCCUGCAGCCUGAGGCAGGACCUCACCUGUCUCCACGGCAACCAUGCGCCGCAUCGCCAGCCGAGUCAGAGGUUGGGGUCAACUGGGGGCACUGGAGAGUACGUGUCCAGAGCAGGGGCAGUAGCAAUGGCGAGAGAGGGGACAGUAAGGACUGGGUUGAGGGUGGACGAGGAGAGAGGGGCAGUUUGGGAGGGGACUGGGGUUGCACUGGAAGGGUGAGGGAUAAGGGCACAGAAAGCAAGGAGCAGGGGGAUGGAAAUGUGGGUGAGGAAGGCAUAAAUGAGAUCACUGGAGACAGCAAAGAGGCCAGGGUUAAGGAGAAGCUGUCUGUGAAGUGGCCUAGCGUGAAGAAUGAGAACCAAGGGAGGGCUGGGUAUUGUUCAGAGGCAGAUAAUAAUGAGGCUGAAGGUGGAGACGAGGUGCAAGGUGAGGGGUUAAGCGUGUCCCACGAAGCCCUGGGAAUCCUGCAGAGCUUCAUCCAGGAUGUAGGCCUCAACCCAGAUGAGGAGGCGGUCCACACUCUGUCAGCUCAGCUGGGCCUACCCAAACACAUCAUCCGCAGCUUCUUCAACAGCCAGAACCAAGGACAGAGUCAUGAACACAACCAGUAUCAACACCAGAACCAGAGCCCAAAACAGAGUCGAGACAACCAGCAAGGCUGUACAGACACACACCUCUUCCAGGCAGACAUAUCUACAGAGAAACAGGAGGAGGAAAUCUGUUCUAACUAUCUGAUCUUCCAGUAG